AUGACUCUCUGCUCCGUAUCUGAAUGUGUUCAGCGUCAAUAUCACUUUAUAAAUGAGAACAAGACCUGGACUGAAGCUCAGAGAUACUGCAGAGAGAAAUACACAGAUCUGGCCACCAUUGACAACAUGAACGACAUGAAUGAGCUGAACAAGAGUGUGAAUAAUAAAGGUUUUCAGUAUGUCUGGAUUGGGCUGCAGAAGACGGGUCGUGAUAAAUGGCAGUGGUCUUCAGGUGAACCUGCGCUCUAUCUGAACUGGGGAGAUAAACCACCAGAUGGCAGAGAUGAUUGUGCUAUGAUGUUAAAUGGACAGUGGCAUGAUUUGCCAUGUAGCAAUAACCGACAUUUCAUCUGCGACAACACAAACACAGGACUCGUCCUUGUCAAUCAGAUGAUGCAUUGGACAGACGCUCAGAGUUACUGCAGACAGAAUCACAUUGAUCUGGUCAGUGUGAGAAACCAGAAUGAGAAUCAACAGGUUGAGAAGUUCAUUAGUGAUAGACAGUUAUCUGGAUCAUAUGUCUGGAUCGGUCUGUUCAGAGUCAGUGUCUCAUGGCAGUGGUCAGAUCAGAGUAACUCCUCAUUCAGAUACUGGAACACUGAUAAACUGAUUCUGAUCAAAGAGAAUCUGAUGUGGUCUGAAGCUCUGAGAUACUGCAGACAGAAUCUUGUGGAUCUGGUCUCAGUUCACUCAGAAGAGAUUCAGCAUGAGGUGAUAAACGUGGUUAAACGGGCGUCUACUGCGGCGGUGUGGUUGGGUUUACGUCACUUCAGUAUUUUGGGCAUCUGGUUCUGGGUGAGUGGAGAGACCGUGUGCUAUCAGAACUGGGCUCCAGGGAACGGCACAUCAGAGGAGGACUGUGAACACACAGUGAGAUCUGGAGCAGUUCAGUCUGGAGGAGAUCAGCACUGGAUCAGCCGUCCUGAAACUGACAAACUCAACUUCAUCUGCAGCAGAUAUUAAGACUGAAUGGAUAUACUGACAUUUAAUUUAAAAUAACAAAAGCUUGUGUGUUU